ACCACGCUUGCACACCAUUUCUUUCAGUUCUUCCAGCCAGCGAGCCUGAGCUCUUGCCGCCAUGGCAAGCCUUAGCACUGGAGCGGGGCCUCCAGUGGUGAAUGUGUACCAUGAGAAGUCCAUGAUCUUACCCGAUGUAUCAAGGGUGCUCACAUGCCUGUAUGAGAAAAAUGUCAAGUUUGAGACAAUCAAAGCCUCUUACAAGGACAUACUAAGCCUCCAGGCAUCGAGGAGUGUUCCAGUUCCAUUCUACGAUGGACCUGUAUUUCUUCAAGAUUCAAGAGCAAUCUGUCGUUAUCUAGCAGAGACCUACGAGCAUCAGGGGUAUCAUUUCCUCCUGGGAAAGGAUGUCCUUGAGAGGGCCUCCAUUGAACAAUGGCUCCGGAACGAGGAGCAUGCCUUCGACCCUCCGAGCCGAGCAUUGUUCUGCCAUAUUGCCUUCCCAUUUCAUGAUGAGGAUGACGACAACAACGAAGACAUCAACCGAGAGAAGCGGAAGCUGGAGGAAGUUUUGGAAGUCUACGAGCAGAGGCUUGGUGAGAGCAAUUACCUUGCUGGGAAUAAGUUCACCCUGGCCGACCUUGUUCAUCUGCCUGGCACCCACCAUGUCAUUACAUCUGAGAAAUUCGCCUACCUGUAUGACUCAAGAAAGAAUGUGCAGAAGUGGUGGAACAGGAUCUCAGCCCGGGAUUCCUGGCAGCAGGUGCUGAGGGACAUGAGGACCGUGGAGGAGGAGCAUAAAAAGGAGGAACAUGAGAGGCAGCAGCAGCAAUGGCAAACAGAACAUUUGCCACAGUUUGGUGUCCGCGACAUUCACAUAAGCCAUCGGCAGCAGGAGGGCACAAAGUCACAGACAGUGCUGGUUGCACCUCCCAGCACUGGUACCAUCAUAACUUCCAUUCCACCAGCUCCACCAGAUCAUGAAAAUACCUCUGACCCUAAGCCUUCCUCACCUAUGCAAAGAAAUCAAGGAGGCUUCUUUACAACCUCUGAAAAAACUCAACCAACAUCAGGGCAGACAGAUUCUACCACACAGAAACAACCUAGUGGUGUACAGAGCACUAAAAGUAGCUUCUUCACCCAGCCUUCCAGUCCUACCACUGCCAAGAUACAUCAGAGAACUGAUGCUGAGAAGUCAAGCCGCAAAGAUGCCUCAUCUCCUAGCAAAAACAAUCAAGCAUCACCCAAAGAAGCUCCUGAUAAGCCCCACCUUUCCGAUUUUUCCAAGAUCGGCUACAAUGCUGAGGCGGGAUCCCUUGUCAAGCCCAGUCCCCAAGCUUCCUCCAAGAUCCCUGGAGCCAGGCAGGCCAGUGAAGCAGUUGCUCCUGACAAGCCCAGUCCAGGAUCAGCCAAAUCUCCCCACAGAAUUACUGAACCUGAUUACAAUGAAACUGAGAGCAAACCUUUUGGUGUCCAUCCUCAUGUUGACAAGCCUGAUGAACAAAAACAGCAAACACCUUAUGGAAAGCCUCCUGAACAGAGAGUAGCAGACACUAUUUUUGAUCCUGAAUCAGGUGAAAAACAAGAAAGUGCGAUUGGCUCUCCUUAUGCUCGAGGUAAAACGGAAAAACAAUCUACACACACUAGUUCCCCAGCUAUUGCAAAGAGAGCAACAGAGGCUGAUCAAGAUCGCGCUCCAUCAUCAUCAUCAUCAUCUCAAGAUGGCAUUGAUGAAGAUGAAAGAUUCUCAACUAAGAGGCUCAGAAGAAUGUUUAAUCCAGAAGCUCCGGAUUCUCAAGACCCUGCCAUGGAGGAAGCAGCUGCCCCAUCCAAUACGCCUUCAGAUGUCCAUGACAGAGAAAAGCCAGCCAACAAAAUGAACAGUUCUCCACCAACAGGCACAAGAGCUCCUUACACUAAGGAGGUAGCAGAUGAAAGGGGAGUCAUUUUGCCACCCAGAGAAGUGGCUUACAAUGAUCGUGCUACUGACGGGCCAGAAAAAACAUCACUCAUACAACAACUACCACCGGCUGCUACUAGCACUGACAAGUUGGACAAAAUAGAAGGUGCAAACAUAAGAGCACCACAAGGAGCGCAUCAGCAAACCCCAAUUGAUGCAAGUGGUUCAGUAUUGGUGCAAGGAGCUGAUCCACGUGCUCAUGUUGUCAGUGAUGAACAGACAUACAAGAGUUCCGCCAUGGGUGGAAAAGCUCCGGAUGCAGAAAGGAAGGCUACUGACAGUCAAGGUUCUCCAGCAUCAAUCCAAGAAGCAAAUCUUGAAACCCUUGGGAAGCAAGCACCAGUUAGCCAAGAAGAAAUCCCUGGUGUUCUAGAUACCAGUGAUCGUGAUACAACCAAAAAUUCUAUUAGUGAAAACAGGACGGCAGAACCAACUUCAGGUUUUCUACAAAUAACAGAACCAGUUGAAGGACUUGGUCCUACCUCAGCUGGAACCCCUGCUGAUAAGUCAACCAGAGCAGCAACAGCUGAUCCAAGUGCAGCACUGCCUGCACCGGUGCGAGCACCAGCUUCUGGUGGGCAGAAUGCUUCUGCAGUUCUCCAUGAAGGAAAUCUUGAUGCUGAUGGCAAGAACGAGGCAGCCAAAUCAUCUUCUAGUCAUCCAAGAAGCUUGCGCCCAACUACACCAGGAAGGCUAGCACCAAGUCCUGACAAACAAUUUCCUGAUACUUCAGGUCAAAUGACAAAACCAUCUCCACCAGUAUCUUCCUUAUCUGACACAAGGAACAAGAAGACUGGUAGUGCUGAAGCCAGUCAAACUAGUGUGGUAUCGCCCAAUGAUCAACCGGGUGGGCAAGCUACCAGGAAUGCUGGCGCAGCUUCUUCUGUUCCUCCACCAGUGAAGUCACCAGAAGAUAAUAAUAAAGCAUACAAGGAAGAACCAGCCACACAAGAGUUACCAAGAGACCAAUCCAAGGUUCAGCUAGCUGGAAACAAGACACAAGGUGAUGAUGCAGCACCUAUCACUAGAAUUGGCAAGCACAAAGAUGAAGAUUCAUUGGCAAAUGCCAGUGGCAGUUAUACUGGGAAAGCUCAAGGAAGAACAAAUGAUACACCACCAAAGAUGCAGAUACAGUUUGACCAGAACAAGCCUCAACCGUCAAAAGAUGGUGGCAAGCAAACAAAAGAGACAAGCUUAUUAACAUCCAAAGAAGUAUUGCCUUCACCACCUGAGAAGAGCAAGCAAGAGCAGCAACUGCGAGGAGACAGGUCUGAUAUAUCACUGCAAGACAAUGUGAAGCAGGGUUCUGAAGCCCCAACACUUGGGUCUGGAACAGUGCAGCAAAACAAGAAUCUCUCCACAAACGCUGAUAAGAACUAUGAGAAAACUUCAGAAGUCAAUUCUGAAGCAAUCAUUCCCUCUGAUACUCAACAAGUGAGGAACAGCAGAAGUGAUAGCAAACCAGAUAGCUCAAGCAAACCCACCAACUUUGAGGGCAACCUAGGUAAUCAUCCUGACUCAGAGAGGCCUCCACCAUAGACAAACCAAUGAAGUACCUACUCCAUGUCAUUUUCCUGCAGUUUCAUUUUUGUGGUCUUAUCUACCUCACAACAUCCACAUGUUGAUGUAAUAAGGUCUGUAAUCUUAGCACUUUCAGACCAAUCGUACCGUCUAUAUGACAUGUUAUUAUCUGUUUCUUUACUUCAAAAAAUGUUAUUUAUCUGUUUC